AUGUCUUCAUCCACCAAUUCUUCCAACAAUAAUUCUUCCUCAAAUUCCCGCCAUGGGUUCCCGGGAAUGUUGGGGAGCCUAGACUGUAUGCAUUGGGGAUGGAAGAAUUGUCCCGUUGCUUGGCACGGCGCCUACACUCGAGGGGAUCAAGGCGAGCCAACAAUUAUAUUAGAGGCCGUUGCUUCACAAGAUUUAUGGAUCUGGCAUGCAUUCUUUGGAGUCGCUGGGUCCAACAACGACAUCAACGUGCUCCACCAGUCCACGCUAUUCAACGAUGUUUUAGCGGGGCAUGCAACGGCUGUGCACUUCCUCGCCAACAAUUCUCACCACACUCGAGGAUACUACUUAACAGACGGCAUCUAUCCGGACUGGCCGGUGUUCGUGAAGAGCUUCCAGUUUCCGAACGAUGAGAAGAAGCGGAGGUUCAAGGUGAUGCAAGAAGCUGCAAGGAAGGAUGUGGAACGAGCUUUCGGUGUUCUUCAGGCUCGGUGGGGUAUAAUUAAGGGACCGUCACGUUUGUGGAAGUCGGAGCAAAUGAAUUCGAUCAUGUUUGCAUGCAUCAUAUUGCACAACAUGAUCAUUGAGGAAGAAGGUGGAAAUGCAAGUAAUUUUGACGGUGACGACGGCGAGGGACCAAGUUCUACUCCUCAAACACAAUUCAAUUCCGGAGCACCACCGGAGUUCGCCGCCUAUUUGGCACGGAAUGCAAGCUUGAAGGAUGCACGAUUGCAUGCUCGCCUCCGCGACGAUUUGGUUGAGCAUAUAUGGGCACGCUUUGGUCCGGUUGACCCGUAG